UCACAUAAUUGUUAUUCUUUCCUUACAGAUUCUUUGGUUUACAUACAUUCGGUCAUUAGCGCGCAGCAUACUUUCGGUCAUAGCGUGCAAGUAGAUGUCUGUCUCUUCCUCUUCCUUUCUUUCAUAAGCGAUGAAACAGCAAAAUUUCAGCUAAAGGAAACUAUACAAGAUUUGGGAGGUUUGUUUCUUGAAAACACAGCUUUUAUUAAUGAGGUUGUCGAAAAUGGACGGAAGUUGGAAAAGUAAUUUAGGUAUCAAAGAUUCGGUCAUCAAAAUUAAGAAUGAAUUUGACUUCAAUGAAUUUUCUCCUGUUUCACCAAAUGAGAUAAAUGAUGAUGAACUUGUCUCAUUAACUGUUCGAGACUUGAACAGGCUUCUUAAAAUGUCUAAUUUAAGCCGUUCUGAGAUUCAGCGCAUUAAACAAAGGCGGCGAACUUUGAAGAAUCGUGGUUAUGCAGCCAGUUGUCGAAAUAAGAGAUUGGAGCAAAAGGAUGAACUUCAACAUGAGCAUUCAUUGGUGCAAAGAGAUAUAAAUAUACUUAAAGAAGAAAAUAGAAUGAUUGAGAGUGAACUAAAUGAAAUCAAGAAGCAGUAUGAAAGUUUAAGACGGUAUGCUCUUCAUAGCAAUAUUUGUAUUCCUCCUGAAUUUGAUAUAUCUUGUGGAAGUUUCUAAUAUGGAAAAGUAUUCUUUUUCUGUUUAUUUUAAAAAUAAUGUGGUGUUUAGAAUCAUGCUUAUGUUGUUUCUGAUGCUGGUGAUUUUAAUACAAAGAACUAUUUUAUGUUUGUGACAAAAUGUUCAUCCAUAAAAGUAUAAAAAAUAUUCGCACAUUCACUGUACAUAUAUAAAAGGAAAUGAUUUUUUAUAUAGCCAAGGUACAUAAUAUAUGGCAUUAAAAAUAUUACACAAACUAAUGGGCAUCAAGUGUAAAUGUUGGCAUUAAAUCUAGUUAGAUAUAGGAAUAGCAACUCUAACAAUAUGGCCGCCCAGACAGAAAAAUGGUCAGCAAUGCUGACUCUUCUGAAGGGCCCGGGUUCUAAUCCUGGAGAAAGCAUUGGGUGUAAUUUUCCCGUUCCUUCCUAAAAGCAAACGGUGGCCCACCUAAAAGGUGCUUCAUAAUAAAGAGACAGUUUCUGGUCUUAGUAUUGGCCAAUACCUAUAAAUGGCUAGAGACUGCGAUUGGGGUGGGGGAGAACCUAAUAAUAUAUUUUUUUAAUGAAAAUAUCCACUUUAUUAAAUCCAAAAUAAUUUUUUUAGAAAAAGAGAAAUACAGAAAUUCAUAAAUAAAAAUUCAUUUAAUUAUUCCAGUUGAUAGAUGCAGUUGACAAAAUUCUACGCAUAUGAACCUUUAAUGAUAAAGGUAAAUAAGCAGAAUGCCUAUCAGAUAAAUACUUUAUUACUGAUAUUUAUAUAAAUUAAUAAGCAUAUUGCUCUUAGAUAAUUUGUUGUAUUUUCUUUAAUGAGUAGUGGAUUGUUUUAAUUUGAAAAGUAAAAAAUAAAAAUUAUAAAGAAACAUAUAUGAUAUUUUUGUAUUACUCAGAUGUAUUAUAGUUUAAAAGAUAAGGUUUUAUUCUGUAUGGAAUGGUAACAGUUCUGAGAACUCGAAAUUUGGCAUUUGGCUAUCAGUCUAAAGAGAGAUAUGCUUUCGUGUAGAAAUUUCUAUGGGAAUUUGACUUGUAGUUAUACAUUUGCCCUUGCUGUGUAUAUGAUUAUUACCACUGUAAUAUAAAUCAUAAAAUCCCGAAAGACUUUACUGAAGUCAACUAAAUUUAAUGUCAAAAACUAUUUUUCUUGCAUUUAUAAUAUGUUUUGAAAUAAGUUAACUUUUAUAAGAGUCGGGAAUUUAAAAUAUUUGAUUGUUCUAUAGUUUUGUGAAGCACUUUAUUGUUGUUAAUGUGAGAAUCUGCUUAUAUGUAAAGAAAACGUAUAUUUAGUUUUAUUGAAAAUUUUGAGUAAUUUAAGUAAAUGAGCAAAAAUGUUAUUUACUAGUAAGAUAAUUCAAAGGGAAAGUGUUAAAUAUUGACUGCCUAAUUGUUUAUGCUAUUUUAUUUGGUCACUUCAUAGCAUUACAUAAGGAAGUUAUAUAAAAGAAUAUAUAAAGAGAGGGGGAGAGAAUUAUUGAAGUAUAUUUUGCAUAGAGUAUUAAGAAAUAUUUUAAAUAUCUCAUAAUAUUGUAUAUGAGAACAUUCAUGUUAUAAUUUUGUUGGGUAUCUGGAUUUGUAUGAUAAAAAGACAGUAUGGAAAGGAUUUAUUCAAAAUUAAAUUAUUUUAUGAAAAAUG